AGCAGACAAGCCCUGUGAAGCAGCGGUGAGCAGUGGCUGGCUGCAGUGCAAGAGAUGUGAAGAAUUAUUUGCCAUGCCACUGAUUCGGUAUCUGGACAGGCCAGGUGAUGAAUAGCCACAGACCCUCCUCUACAAUCCGAGCCCACUCACUCCAUCUGGGGGCCAACCACUUCCAGAGCGCUUGAGUGAUUACCAUGGCACCCAUCAUGGAGGGCACACACACCGUGUUGCUCCUGUAUGCACCCAUCCGUGAGCUGAGCAACAUCAGCCUGUAUUUCCCCAAGAGGCGGGCCCCGAGCUUCAAAUACAAGAGCCGCACCCCUCAUUCAGGAAGGGCCGGUAAUGACCAUGACCGGGGAAAGGAGGAUCUCGCGGCGUCCGAACAAAGGGGCCAGUCUUCAUGCUCCUCAGGCGAACUCCUCAUCUCCCAGCAGGCAACAAAGGAGGCAGUUGCAGAGCUCUGCUGGCUGGCGGCGGAGCACCACCAGUUCCUGACGGAUCUCUUAUCGCUGUGCAGGGAUUGCGCCAUCAAAGUCAGGAUGGGUAACCAGGAUGGGAAACUCCAGGAUUUCAUAGAGGGUCAGGAAGUUCACCUCGGGGGUCAGGUUCUCAGCGGCAGCAACAACAUUUCUCUCACGGUGUCUCCAGAGCAGAAGACGGCUAAGAGCAAGAAGCUGAAGAAGCUGGAGGGCAAGAAGUUUGACAGUGCUGAGGAGUUCCUGCACAGCAAGAUGAAGGAGAAGGUUACAUCUGUUCAGCAUCCUGGUUCCACAUCUUCAGCCUCAGUAACGCAGCAGAUCCCAGGUGCUCCAGCCUCAGGCCAUCUUACUGACAGCCCAGCCACUGGCUCUUUUGUCAGCGCAGUCAGUAACCCCAUCCUGCCCAUGGAGGAACCCUUCCAGAUCUCUCGUGAGGGUUGGGACUUCAUGGAGGACAACCGGACGUAUGACCCUGACAUGGAUUUCUGCAGUGACUUCUCAGAGUAUGACAGUGAGCUGGGUUAUGACUCGUCAUACUGCAACCUGAUGGAGGGCCUGACCAGACGGGAAAGCGGGAGCAACCUUCGACCACUGAAGAGGUCGGAUUCCUUGGGUGAGACAUUAUCUGACAAUUCGUCAACGGUCAAGUAUGGUGAACUUAACCAGAGUCACAAAGGGGUGAGGGUGGUGGCCAAAGUGCAGGAUGUGGAAGGGAGGGUGCAACAUGUCAGCCAUACAAGCCCAGGGUUGCAUCCAGGGACUAGCAGCUGCCAGCAGCAGUACGGAGAGUGGAGAGGACCAAACAGAGACCACCUGCUGGGAGUCAAUAAAGAAAAGACAGGUAACAGGCUUUCUGAGGGACUACGCUUGCCCCUAUCCCAUACCACCCAACCUAACCCCCCAGGCAAAUCCCACACAAAGAGCCCCUCUUCCCCAUCUCUUGCCGGGGUCUUCACCACAUCCUUCCCUGCCUCCAACAGUCUCCAGAGCAUGUCCCCGGUCCUGUCCCCUCUGUCCUCCAAGCAGGCAAGCCCGCAGCUCAACCACCGCAUUGUUCUGCUCUCAGAUAAGGACAUAGACCACGAACGAGACAGCUCCAGCAACACGGACGAGCCCAAACUCUUCACCGAGGUCAUUGACAAGAACGGGAACAAGCGCACCGUCACCCGUCUGGAUCUGAACCUCAGCAGGCGGCCCAGCAACUGCAAGUGGAACUCCUCCAGCAACUCCACAACAACAGUAACAGCCUCUGCUAAGCUUCCUCCGACCACUGGAUGAGUGAUGACCAGCCGACAGAGUGAGAGGUGGAUUCAUCACCCCUGACAACACCCACCUGUCAGGAUCAGACACGAGAUGGCCUCUGAGCUGCGCCGAACACAGAUACUUUAUUGUUGAAAUCACAAUGCUCACGGUAGCACGGAAACACCCACGCCGUCUGACAGCGGCUCACUCACAAGCUGUGAUUUUCACUGUCAAAUUACUGCACUGUCAGUCCACACCUGCAGGUCUGCUGCAAGCAAACACCUGUAUGUAUGUACAUGUCUA